CUGAACACCCACGAACGAUAUUGAACCCCACGAACCCUACUGAACCCCUCGAAUCGAACCUAUUUCAACCCGCCUCGAUCUCAAGCCUCCACGUUUCGAGCCUACUUCGAGCAUCCUCUUCUGUCCCGGUCGCUUGUGCUCCGACGACCUUUGUGAUUGCAAGGAUUUUCCGAUGCAAGAAUUACAGUUUUAACUACUGUUUUGGAAAUACUAAAAAACACGUGAUCUGCAGCUGAUUGCGGUGGUGUCUGAAAACGAAUAAGAAAUAACUAUAAGUAUAAUUCAACGAGUUACCAGGUCGCUAUUUCCCCACUAAUAACAGUCUCGUCAUCCGAUCUGCAGUGAUAAGAAAGUGUCAUUUACUAUGAUAGCAAAGAGCGAAGGCAACCGCGGCCGCUUCCCAGUGCGUUGGUAACUGCCUCUCGCGGGAAAGGACGAUGCCGGCGCUCCCGACGCAGCCCAGGCGCGAGGUCGUGACCCUCCUCGCCCUCGCCCUCGUGCUGGCGCCGGCCCGCGCCCUCGCGCCGUUCCGGGGCACCACCGACUCCGCCCCGACGGACACCCUGAGCAGCCCCCUCCUCGACCCGUACCCGUCGGCCACCCCGAGCCUCGCCGACGUCGAGUCCCGCUCGCUGGUGCCCCUCCGGCGCCUGCACCAGAGCCGGGACCCGUGGCGCCGCCGCGACCCCGCGCCCGUCAGGAAGGCCGACCGCUGGUCAGACACUAUCCGGAGGGCCGAGGAGGAGAGGGCGGCCGAGAAGACGCGCUGGUGGGUGAGCACGGAGCCCCGCGUCACGCUCGACACGCCCACCACCGGCUACACGCCCUCGCCGCCGCGCCCGCCCACGGCGACGCCUUCCCCGGCUCUCGCCAAGCCGCCCUUCGGCCCCAAGGACCCGUUCAAGGUGGGCGCCGCCGCCCCGCCCCAAGAAGGUCCCCUCGCGGUUCCG